UCUCCUGUGCCAAGGCGGAGAGAUGCGCACACUGAGGACACCGCAGCACAGAAAUGCGCACAGCUCCGAUCCGUACCGGUCUAUAGCUUCACCUGCUUGCACCCCUGACCCAUCUCAACACAAUGGGUUACAGGGAAUAUGGCUAACUUUCACACACUUUGCAUGCCACGGGAAAUGCCCUGCGUUGUCUGGAGAGCUGUGCUGCCGAGCGGCUGAAUUGAGAGCACAAUAACAGAGACUUGAGAGAAGGAGAAGGAGGAGGUGGAGGGGGACCUGAUUCCAGUCAUUUCUAUCCCGGCUCCUCUCCCACUCUGGCUUUGAGAGAUGAUCACGGAGCUGGUGUGCACCGCCGUGGCUGUGGGUCUCUAUCUGAACACGCUGGACGCAGAUUUCUGCUACGAUGACAGCCGAGCCAUCAAGACCAACCAGGACCUUCUUCCUGAGACUCCGUGGACCAACAUCCUGUACGACGACUUCUGGGGCACCCUGCUCACCCACAGCGGCAGCCACAAGUCCUACCGUCCACUCUGCACCCUCUCCUUCCGCCUCAACUACACCCUGCACGGCCUGCGUCCCUGGGGCUACCACCUGCUGAACGUGCUGCUGCACGGCCUGGUCACCGCCCUCUUCACCGCCUUCAGCCGGCCGCUCCUCGGCGGCGGCCUGUGGAGCCUGCUGGCCGGCCUUCUCUUCGCUUCUCAUCCGGUUCACACCGAGGCGGUGGCCGGCGUGGUGGGCAGGGCGGACGUGGGCGCCGCCUUGUUCUUCCUGCUGUCUCUUCUCUGCUACGUGAGACACUGUGGACUCCGCAGUGGGACUUUUCAGAGCAGGCGAUGCGGCGGCGGCUCGGUCGCCUGCUGCUGGGGCUGGAUGCUGGGCAGCCUGUGGUGCGCUGCAGCCAGCAUGCUGUGGAAGGAGCAGGGGGUGACGGUGCUGGCCGUGUCCGCCGUGUACGACCUCUUCGUGUUCCAGAGGCUCCGCUUUCGCCAGGCGCUCCUCCUCCUACUGGGAAAGAGAAAGAACAUCAGUGUUGUGCUGAGUCUCGCCGUGCUCGCCUCCUGGGGAGUGAUCCUGCUGUCAGCUCGCCUCUACUGGAUGGGCAACAAGCCUCCCAACUUCUCCAACUCUGACAACCCCGCGGCCGACUCGCCACAUUUCCUUACCCGGACGCUAACGUUCCUCCACCUGCCGGUCACCAACGCCUGGCUGCUGCUCUGCCCCGACAAGCUCAGUUUCGAUUGGUCCAUGGACGCUGUUCCCUUGGUCCGGUCCUUGGUGGACUGGAGGAACCUUCACACUGUUGCCUUCUAUGGUGGAUUUAUCCUCCUGGGUUUGUUCGGCCUUCGCGGCCCCGUCUCCAAAGCCAAGGAGACCAACGGGAAAGCCUACAUCACCAAUGGGAAAUCAAUCACCAAUGGGAAUGGUUACCACGCCCCUGACGCAAACCAUAACACAGACCAGGGGCCGCCAAAGACCGCCCUGAACGGGUCAGCUGGACUCCACCACUGCCCUCCACGGACGUCCCUGCCCCCGACAGAAAACCUAGUGCUGUUUUCGUUAGGCGUCCUCUCAUUGCCUUUCAUCCCAGCCACAAACCUCUUCUUUUAUGUAGGUUUUGUAAUCGCGGAGAGGGUGCUCUACAUCCCCAGUAUGGGCUUUUGUUUACUGGUUGCUGCUGGUGCGAGAACCUUGUUCGUGCGACUGAGGACUAGAGGCUGCAAGGCCUUACUGUUGAGUCUCUGUACGGGACUAGUGCUGCUGAAUGGGCUCCGAACUGUUCAACGAAACAGGGACUGGAGCAACGAGGAGAAUCUCUACAAGUCUGGGAUUAGUGUGAAUCCUGCUAAAGCCUGGGGAAACCUGGGGAACGUACUGAAGAACCAGGGCAAGAUGGCGGAGGCGGAGAAGGCAUACAGAAACGCGCUGCACCACCGAGGGAACAUGGCUGACAUGCUGUAUAACCUUGGCUUGCUGCUGCAGGAGAAUGAGCGUUUUUCUGAAGCACUGCAUUAUUACAAACUGGCCAUUGGGAGUCGGCCAACACUGGCAUCGGCCUACCUGAACACAGGAAUCAUCCUGAUGAACCAGGGCAGCCUGGAGGAGGCCAAACGCACCUUUCUGACUUGUGCCGACAUUCCCGAUGAGAACUUGAAGGACCCGCACGCCCACAAGAGCUCCGUCACCAGCUGCCUGUACAACCUGGGAAAACUGCUCCACGAACAGGGCCAGCAGGAGGAAGCCCUGUCUGUUUAUAAGGAAGCGGUACAGAAAAUGCCCAGACAGUUUGCACCACACAGCCUUUUCAACAUGAUGGGAGAGGCCUACAUGAGGCUGAACCGGCUGGAGGAGGCGGGCCACUGGUACAGGGAGUCCCUCAGGGCUAAACCAGACCAUAUCCCCGCACACCUCACCUACGGAAAACUCCUGUCCAUCAUUGGGCAGAAGACGGAAGCGGAGAAGUACUAUCUGAGAGCUAUUCAGCUCGACCCGACGAAAGGAAACUGCUACAUGUACUACGGUCAGUUUCUGCUGGAGCAGUCUCGUCUUGGCGAGGCGGCUGAGAUGGCGGAGCGAGCUGCAGAGCUGGACAGCUCCGAGUUCGAUGUGGUCUUCAGUGCCGCUCACAUGCUCAGACAGGCCAGUCUUAAUGAGGCGGCGGAGAGGCAGUACGAGCGUGCAGCCGGCCUCAGACCAGAUUACCCGGCUGCUCUGAUGAACCUCGGUGCCAUCCUCCACCUGAACGGGAAACUUCCCGAAGCGGAAGCCAACUACUUGCGCGCACUUCAGCUCAAACCUGACGACGCCAUCACCCAGUCCAACCUGCGCAAGCUGUGGAACAUCAUGGAGAGGCAGGGGCUCCGGAGUAAAGCCUGGGCUCGGGAUUUAGAAGACAGACCUUUGAACUGAGAGCUGCUGCACUGCUCUCCUUCAUGAUGACGUGGCGUGUCCUCCAAAGAGUGGAGCAGGACAGGAUAUGAAAGAGCUAGAGGCUAAAAGCUUCCUCUACGAGACAGGAAAGACAAAUUCCUUUAGAAUUGUGGCCUGUGAUGCUUGUGGAAGACAGUUUGAGGCUUGGCAGUGUUUGGGAUUGAAGAUAGUGCAGCCUGAUAAUCCAUCACCACCUGUGCUGCUUUAUGGUGGCGCAAACGACUAAUGUCACCUUUAUUCUUAAAGUUUAUGAAGAGAUGCUAUGUCGUUACAUGAUGCACUGAAAUAUCUGCAAAAUCCCCCCCCCAAAAGAAAAAAAACUAAACAAAACAAGUCCCAAAAAUCUGCUGAUUUUUAUUUCACCAUCAAUAAAAAAAUGGGUUUGUUUUAAAGCACUUAAUUUGAAAGAGGAUGUAGCAAAAGUAUUUAAAUAAUAAUUUCUGCUGGUUUGUGCAAAAGGGGGGAAAAGUUGUAUAAUCUCUUGUGGCUGCAGAGGAGGCGGAGCAAUGUCCGAUAAAACGCCUCAGGUGAUGUCACUUGAGUCAGCGUCAGUGCCGUGAGCUUCCUGUAGCCUGCUCCCGAUCUCUCCUAGAGGCUAGCCACUUGAGGCUAGCUGCUACUAGCAUAACGUGCACACAUUUCUGUCUGAACUGUCGGCGAGCGAGAUGCAUUGUGGGUACUGUAGGCACCGGGUUUUGACAAGAAAGAAGACUGCGGGAUAAAAAAAAAGACCUAGUUCUGCUGCAUCGAUUUUGAUCGUUUUUCUCUUAAAGGGACAGUUCACCCCAAAACAAAAAUACAUUUUUUUUUUUCUUACUUAGCAUAAUCCACAGAUCUUGUUGUGAGGAGUUUCAUGUUGUAACUAUAUUAAAGAGGAAAUCAUUCCGACAUGUAACUGUUUACAUGAGGUGUGUGGAUUAGAUCGUAUGUGUAAUUAUUAUUUUUGAUCUGAUUUCAUGGGGUGCCAGCCAGGAAAAAAGAUAUUUACCUUAAAUUUAAAACAAAUUGCUCAUACAACCUUAACAAAAAGUCAUCAUUUGUAGGGAAAGACCACAAACACAGCUUUGUGGAAGUGUAUUAACAUAAACAAUGGCCAAAUAGUGAUAUUUAGUCCAACAGAAUACAAAUUAUAUUACGGCAAAAAGUGCUUAAUUGUUUAUUUCCUGGCCGAAACAGUGAAUAGUUCAAAGUUAAAUUCAAGAAAAGGGAGACAUUACAUAUCUCCAGUGCUCAAAAAUCUAGCUUGAUAAAUAGCACUACAAGUAAAAGGAGAAAAACAUAUUUUUUGGGGAGAAAUGUCCCUUUAAACUGUCUAUUUUGAGGUUGCGAUGCAAAAUCUGUGCACUCUUUUUAAAAACUAGAAAUGCACACCUGGAUUAUUUUCCCUCAGGGUGCUCUCGCCUUCACCUUUCACUCUUUUCACGGUAACAUUAAAAGCAUGCCGGUGCUCAGGCAUCUUCAGGUACCUCCCUCUAACAGAGCUGUGUAGUAAGUCGCUCCAGCCAAUUAAAAGACCAGUUUAAGCAUCAUGCAUAGCCAAUUCCCAUUCUGUUUGUCCGAGUCACUGAAGAUUGUUUGCACCUGGUGCAUUGUAAAUGCUUGUGACUGUAAUAAAAAGAAAAAAGAAAACAGAUCAUGAGAAAACUCUCAGCGGUGCCAAAGCUUGAACUGAGUCUUUACGCCUCUCGUGCCAAGCAAGAACUGAAAUGUGUCGUGUUCCUCGUGUCGAACGAAGAUGUUUCAUUUCAUGUGAUCGAACGAUCAAACUUAAUUUAUUAAUACAUGUUAUUUUAUGUGAAAAAGCCAACACUGUGCCGUCGCUGUCACAGUAGCCCACCCUGUCUGAAUCCUCCACUUAGAUAGGCUACAGUAGGCAACAUGACAAUUACAUUAAAAUGUUUUUUUUAUGUGUAUUUUUUUUUUUUUUUUUUUUAUCUCUCUGCUCAGGGACAUCAGGUUGUGGUUCCUGUCACAGAGUGGCUUUGUGACACAGAGAGAGCUUCUUAAAAAUGAAUUUAGAUGUUUGUUUUUUUUAUGAUUGUGAUGUUAAAUUAUAGAAAAUGUGUAGCUGAAAAAUGUGUUG